AUGUCUGAACAGCUUGGUAAAGCCAUGGAAACGGUCAAAGAGUCUGUUGAAAAGGCCACCGAACAAGUGAAGAACCUCACUACACAGGAAGAAAGCUCAGAACAAGUCGUUUUGGGCGAAGAUGGUCAACCACUCUCGAAGAAAGCUUUGAAGAAGCUACAGAAAGAACAGGAAAAACAGAAGAAAAAGGAGGAGAAAGCCAAGCAGCUAGCGGAGGAAAAAGAAGCCCGUGAGCGUGAAGCGGCCGCAAGUGACACUGCCAAGGAAAACUACGGACGUUUGCCCUUGAUCCAGUCUACGACCAAGUCCGGUGUUGCCAGAAUCAAGCUUGAAGACCUCACUGAAGCUGACGAUGGCAAAGAGGUGACGCUCAGAGCCCGUGUGCACAAUUCCAGACAGCAGGGUGCCACAUUGGUUUUCUUGACUUUGAGACAGCAGUCGCAAUUGAUUCAAGCGCUAGUUAAGUCCAACGCAGAGGGCACGGUUUCCAAACAGAUGGUUAAGUGGGCCGGUUCUGUGAACCCUGAAAGCAUUGUUGUGGUCAAGGGUGUUGUCAAGUCCGUACAGGAACCAAUCAAGUCCGCCACUGUCCAGAACUUGGAAAUCCACAUUACCCAGAUUCACACCAUAUCUGAAACCCCACAACAGCUUCCUAUCUUGAUCGAAGACGCAUCUCGUUCGGACGCCGAAGCUGAAGCUGCAGGUCUUCCUGUCGUCAACUUGGACACCAGAUUGGACGCUCGUGUGAUCGAUCUUAGAACUGCAACCAACCAGGCAAUUUUCAAAAUCCAGUCUGGUGUGUGCGAAUUGUUCAGAGAGUUUUUGUUGAAGAAGAAUUUCGUGGAGAUUCACACUCCCAAGCUGCUAGGUGCCCCAUCCGAAGGUGGUGCCAAUGUAUUUGAGGUGACUUACUUCAAGGGUAAGUCCUAUUUGGCGCAAAGUCCUCAAUUCUACAAGCAGGAAUUGAUCGCUGCCGAUUUCGAACGUGUUUUCGAAGUUGCACCAGUCUUCAGAGCUGAAAACUCCAACACUCAUCGUCAUAUGACCGAGUUCACUGGUUUGGAUCUGGAAAUGGCCUUUGAAGAGCACUACGACGAAGUUAUCGACGUUUUAUCUGACUUGUUCGUUUUCAUUUUCACGGAGCUCAAAGUCCGUUACGCCAAGGAAAUUGCCUUGGUCCGUAAGCAGUACCCAGUUGAGGAGUUCAAACUACCUAAAGAUGGAAAGAUGGUUCGUCUCGCAUACAAAGACGGUAUUGCAAUGCUAAGAGCCGCUGGUAAGGAGAUCUCCGAUUUGGAGGAUUUGUCUACCGAGAACGAGAAACAUUUGGGUGCGCUAGUGAGAGAAAAAUACGACACCGAUUUCUACAUUUUGGACAAAUUCCCUCUCGAGAUUCGUCCCUUCUACACCAUGCCAGACGCCACGGAUGCCCGCUACUCCAACUCUUACGAUUUCUUCAUGAGAGGUGAGGAAAUUCUGUCUGGUGCUCAGCGUGUGCACGACCCUGAGUUUUUGAAAGAGAGAAUGGGACACCACGGUUUGUCUCCCGAAGACCCUGGUCUCAAAGACUACGUGGACGCUUUCACCUAUGGCUGUCCUCCUCAUGCUGGUGGUGGUAUUGGUCUAGAACGUGUUGUGAUGUUUUUCUUGGACUUGAAGAACAUCAGAAGAGCGUCGCUAUUCCCAAGAGACCCCAAGAGAUUGAGACCAUGA